AUGAAGCUUGAGGUUGCGCAUAGAGCUUCAUUGCGGCAGCGAGGGCUUCCCGCAUUCUCUCCUGCGAAGGCGGCCUCAUAUCCGGCGAAUCCCCCACCAGAGAAAAAACACAAUGUCCCCGCCAUCCACCAUCUACCCACCAACACGCACAUCAUAGACUCCACCCCAUCGCCAAACGGCACCAUCGAGUUACAGGCACGCUCUGUCGUCGGCCCAACGUUCCGCGCCUCAGUGGUGCCGCGCGAGAUCAACAUCCUCUCGCUCAGGUCACAGGAGUACUUCCGGCGCACGCGCGAGGCGGCGCUAGGGCGUAAGCUCGAGGAUUGCUUGAUGCGGAGGAGGAGAGCUGGAAGGCUGUCUGUGAGGGAAUGAGGGUGGGUGAGCUGAUGAGGACGAAUAAGGCGGAGGGGCCGUUUGUGUUGGGUGCGCGACCGAGUUAUACGGAUUUCUUUAUUGCGGG